CUAUUGGAUAGAGAUGGCAAUAUACGAGUCUGAACUGAGAGAGGUUGUGUGUAUUUUUUACAUAGUACAUAAUGAUUUUCUCUUUUAGGAAGUGUCAGUGAGUAUGUUGAGAUAGCUACAUCACUGUAUCCAGAACAAAAGGAGAAAUAUUUACCAAGAAGUAGGGGAAAUUGCCAAUUUUUUUUCUCACCAUUUCGGCACUGCUCAGCUUCACAAAAGCGGAUCCCAUCAGGAACACAUAUGAAUGAGUGGAUGUGAGGAACACCAUUCUGCAAUUUAGAGUAGACAUAGCCUACUCGGUGCUCGUCCUGCGCAGCCGAGAAACCAAAAUGCCCGCAGGAUCUGCAUGGUACCACCCUGCUUUGCUCUUGCUUCUCUCCUUCGUGCCCCUGUGGGCAGCUGAGAUUUCCUGCAGGAACGAAGAUGGGGAGAUAGUCGACUGGUUUGCUCUUUACAAGUUACCAAAACAUGCCAAAGGAGAGAUUCCCAUGCUGGGGCUGGAAUACAUGUACAUGGAUGCCCUGGCUCCACAGUGGCAGCUUGGCAAAUACCUCAUUAACAUGACACAGGGUGCUCUGGGACGAACACUGAAGCAGCUGUAUGAGACAUAUGAAUCCAAGAGGAACACCAUUGCCUAUGCGAUUUACAACGAUGAGAUCCCUGAAUCAGACUCCAAAGGGUGGAAAAGUGGACACACCAAAGGAUUUCUGCUCUUGGACAAAUCACAAGGCUUCUGGGUAAUACACAGUGUGCCUCUGUUCCCUCCCAUCCCUGAGGAUGGUUACGGGUAUCCAGCUACUGGGGAGUCCUUUGGACAGACGGCCAUCUGUAUAACCUUCAAAUAUGACCAGUUCACUGAAAUAGACCAACAGAUGCUGAGUUAUAAUCCAGGAAUCUACAGUUGUUCCAUCCCUAACAUCUUCCAAGCUGAUCUCCCAAAUCUGCUGAAGCUCUGUACAAAGUCCAGGCUGCCCGUGGUCCCCUUGCGCCACCUCACCAAGCUCCAGUCAGCUCAUGGGGAAACCUUUCUCCACUUUGCAAAGUCACACUCAUUCAUAGAUGAUAUCUAUGUGGCCUGGAUAGCUCAGGAACUGAAGACCGAUUUGUUGGCUGAAUCCUGGCAGCGUUCUGGCCAAAAACUUUACUCAAAUUGCUCUCUCGAUUACCAUGUCUACAACAUAAACCUAAUAGGGAUGCCAUUGAAUUGCACCUUUCAUUCCAUUAACGAUCAUUCCAAGUGGACUGUUUCAAGGAAAUACAAAGAUCAGUGGACCUGCAUCGGAGACUUAAACCGUGCUGCCGAGCAAGCCUGGAGAAGCGGUGGGUUCAUCUGUACACAGAAUGAACACAUCUACAGUGCCUUCAGGCACCUGAUAAUCCACUACGAAAGCUGCACUGAUGCUUCCACAGGGAUAUAACAGACCAUUCCUUGCAACCAGCACAGCCCUUAUCACAUAGAAAGUGUGUGAAAUAUCUGCCUUAAAAUCUAUUUCCUCUCUGAAAAACAACCCUCACCUUGUUCACUACAAAAGCAGAUGGUGUGCAGGCAAAUUACAGCUGGUUUUCUCUGGCGUGGGACCCAGAGGCUCUGUGUGUGCUGGGCCAUGCUCUGCUCUCUGCCAGCUCCUCACCAUCCACGCCAGGAUGGGACAGGAUGGGAUGGGACGCUGUGGCACGAGGCUGCACCAAAGCACGUCACUGUGGGUGCCCUGCACAGGCACCUCUGGAGCAACUUGUGAGUGGGGCUGUAUGCGGGAUGGGAAGGACAACAGAAACCUCUCUCCUGAGCUGGGUUGUCAGGAAUGGGCAGUUAGCAGGGGACAAGUACCCCAAAAUACCUCACAAUCACCCUGUAUUUCAGAUGCUGUUGAGAUAAAUUACAGCAUUUCUGCUCAGUUUGCGCUGAAUCUCUUAAAGAGCUGAUUAAAUCCAGACAGGGGGAUGAGUAGAUCUGUGGAUAGGAAGGCUUCAUUUUUACAUGAUAUAUUUUUAGAGAAUAAAUGCAUUUUAAAACAUCUUUAAAUCAUCUGUAACCAAUAGCUUGGGAGUAUUUCUAGUGCUUUUAUUAAUGUACAACAAUCUUAUAAACAAAUAAACGUGUUCAAAAUUUGAAUAAGCAAAAUAAGAAAAAAAACCAAUCUGUUGGCAGUCUCCCUCUUCCAUCUGUAUAGUUAUUUGUGGUUCGUUACAAUGUUUUAUAGCUGCCAAAGGAAAAAUGGAGACAAUUGGAAAAAAAAAUAAAGUGAAGAAAAUAUUUGAAGGAAGAUGUUAUUUAAUCUACAUUUUCACAUUACAACAAAUGUGACUGUUAAAUUUCCAAUAUCUCCAUUCUCAGGCUUAGGACCUAAAGUUUGCAUGGACUUAUUGUAAAGACAAGGCUAAUUUGCAAAAUCCUGAUACACUCUUGGGUUCAGAUUUCAGAAGUGUAUCUGCAUUAAUAUGUUCCUAAAUAUAUUUAUGGAGUUCUA